UGUGCGUGGUGGUGUGAAGCUGGGGCCUGCUCCCCAGAACCUCCAGAGCACAUCAAGAAGAUCUCAAGACCUAUGUCACUGGCCCCUCAGGACCCAGAACAUGGCAGAUGGGGUUCAGGCCAGCCCCAAAGGGUUCAGGAAGAAGGCGCUGGUUAGAUGGUCUUCUGGGUGGCAGGACCCAAGCCUCGGGGCCUCUUCUCCAUUGAGACUGUCCAGGUCCAGCCUGGGUGUGAAGAAGAUCUUGGCCAUCACCAUCCUGACCAGCAGUGUUCUGUCCACCGCCUACGGCAGCCUGUUCAACCUCAAGUCCAUGGUGGAGGCCAUCACAGGCAGAAGCGCCAUCCCAUCCUUCGUGGGCUACGGCUGCUACUGCGGGCUGGGGGGGCGCGGUCACCCCGUAGACGCAGUGGACUGGUGCUGCCAUGCCCACGACUGCUGCUACCAGAAGGUCUGUGACCAGGGCUGCCACCCCUAUGUGGACCACUAUGACUAUGUGAUCGAGAAUGACACUGUGAUUGUCUGCAGUGAGCUCAACAAGACAGAGUGUGACAAGCAGACCUGCGAGUGUGACAAGAACGUGGCUCUGUGCCUCAAGAACCGGGUAUACAGGCAGGAGUACCGUGGCUACCUGAACAUCUACUGCAAGGGCCCCACGCCAAACUGCAGCAUCUAUGACCCACUCCCAGAAGAGGUCACAUGUGGAUACGGCUCCCCAGCAGCCCCUUCCCUGCCCCAGCACCUCUGAGGUCUGACAGCCAGGUCUGAGAGGGAGGAACAUCUGGCUGGGGGGCCAGACAGAAGGAGCAUAUGGAGGUGGCCAGGUCUGAGCCCAGUGGUGCCCUGCUGUCCCCUCCCCAGAGCCCUAUAGAGAUGCCACCAGCUCUUCCAGCUCAGUCUUAGAGUGGGGGCUUCUUUCUACUGCUGGUUCUGGCCCUGGGAGGAAGCAAAGGCUUAUUGGGGUCUCUCCAGAGUGCGGAGGGCAAGACUUGAGAAGGAAGGAUGAGUCUUUUGCUGGUCCCAGGGUGACUCCAGCGUCUGUGAAACAGCCUCUCCAGGCUACCAGGACAGACCUGGCUCAGGAUGGCUCCUCUCUACCUCAGGGACUUGUGGCACUUUAGAGUCCUAUUAAGAGCAGGUGCCCCUGGCCCCACACUCAUAGAGGUGGUACAGGAGUCCCAGCCCAGACACAAAAAGGAGGUUCCAGCCCCGAGGUGCAAGAUCCCCAGAGCAGGUGACACUGGCCAGAGUGCACAGUAACUAGGAAGGGCUGCCAGGGACAGGCCUCCCUGUACAGUUCUUCUCCCUGACCUCUGACUCAGGUGCACAAGAGAUGUGCCCUGCUCUGACCUGCUCUGAGGAGUACCCUGAGCACCCUCCAGCACACAGUGCCAGGGCCAGCCCUCCUGUCUGCACCAAGGCAGACAGGCUGGAUCACAGGACAUGGACCCUCUGUCCCAGUGCAGGGAGAAGCCAGGUGUCAGGAGUCCUGUCCACCAGAAGAGGCUGAGGGUGAGACCCACUCAGUGAAGAGGGACAGAAAAGUGGGCGGGAGAGGCCAAAGCAGGAGGCUGGAGGGCCCUGCAGAAGGCAGCAGAGGGGGCAGUGUGGGAAGAGGGAGGCAGGCAGGAGACAGCCAGUGGUGGCAUGGAGGCGCCUAGGGUGCUGGCAGAGGUGCCUGGCUCUGCAGCCUGCCUGCCCCCUGUGCCCAGCACUCUUUCUCCAGGUCUCUGGCCCUGGCUGGGACAGGAACUCCACCCUAUAACUCUGCCUGGCACCUCCUUCUGUCUCCAUCUGUGGCAAUCCUGAGGAGUCCCACAAGCCAUCCCCUGCCUGGACCCUGACAAGAGCCACCAGGAAGGAAGUUCAGCUUGAUCAGCAGUGCUGUAGGGGCCACUGUCACUGGGGAAGAGAACCCAGCUUGGAUGGAGAGGGAAGCAGGAAGGGACGUUUACAAAGAAGAUGGCAGAAUGGGCCAGAGGUUUUACAGUGCCAUACAGAAGAUUCUAGAACAGCAGCGCUGGGACAUGGGGGGAGGGGCUAUGACUGGAAAGAGCCCUUCCGGGGCCCACCUCUUUCUGGCUGUGGUGUAACCCAACCUGCCCAGUCACGGGAGCUUCCUCCUCUGCCCUUUCAGGAGUCUACCCAGCAAGCCUCCUCCUCCUCCCGCCUCAGCUGGCCAAGAGGCCAAGGCCCAGCCCCACUGAGCCAGGGCAGCACUGGGAUGGACAGGACAGUUAAGCCUCUUGCAGGGUCUUGGCCCCUGCCCUGUAGGCCAUCCACCCAGGCACAGUCUCCUCUUUUGAAGAUCCCUACCUGCAUGAGUGGAGGAGGUUCUGCAGUUAUGGGGUCCCUCCACCCCCUUCCUCACCCCAGACUCUCCCAGAUGCUGCAGCCCCUAAGAAUCUCCACAUGACUCGGCAC